CCAGUGAGGCCCAAUAGCGGGAAAGAAUAAAUGUGAGGCGCUGAAGGGUGGGUGGCGCGGUGAAGAUGGGAACGAAGGAGGAAGUGGUCGAAAUAGAGACGCUCGAGAAGAGUCUGUUGCAGGAGAAUGAGCCAGACCACGACGAAGCCGUCCUCUAUGCGGCGUCGUUUCGAGAGAUGGAAAACAAUUUCGUCAAGUACCAAACGGUGCAGUGGCUGCUUUACUCGCUCUUGCUUCUUUUGGCAUGGGGCAUUGGCUUACUCAUGUUGAUUUACGUUCCUCUCAGAAGGUUCAUUCUUCGCAAGGAUAUUCGUUCCAGAACCCUCUAUCUCACUCCUAACGCUAUUGUUUACAAGGUUACGAGGCCCGUGCCCUUUCCGUGUUUUGGAGUGCUCAAGAAAGAGAAGCACGUUUUGUUGCACUCUGUGGCCGAUGUUGUCGUUGAACAAGGAUACUUGCAAUCACUUUUUGGUGUCUAUUCUCUUAGAAUUGAAAACGUUGGAGUGAGAAGGCCACCCAGUGAUGAUGUUAAGAUCCAGGGUGUUGCAAAUCCAAAUGCUUUCAGAAAGGCUGUUAUGAUGCGUCUAUCGAACAUGAGAAAUGAGAUUUUUUCAAGACAGGCUUCUACACUAGAAGAUGUUCCACAUAAUCUGAUGAUGUCUCCAUCAAAGUCAUUGAAACACGAUUCUACUCCUUCUGGGGAGCAGCUACUAAUGCAGAAACUAGACGAAGUUGGAAGCUCUGUCAAGAGACUACAAUCGUUAUUUGAGGAGCAACAAUCUCAAACAACAGAAUCCAUAGAUUGAGGUAUUAAAGAGACUCAUGUAGCUAGAGGAAACUUGGUACCUAGAUUUAAAUCAAAACCAAUUUUCAAGCAAAAGAGCGUUGGAAUUUUUUUCCAGAGACGUCGGAGGUUUGGAUGCAUGAUGCAGGGAGUAUGGUAAAUAACAAUCAAUAAUUCUUCCAGGGAAGUUCAGAUUACAGCCCCUAGAAGUGCAUGUUGACACCACCUGCAAUAUUGUGAGCUAUUCACUGUGUUAGUUUGUAUCCUGUAGAGCUUAAGCGCGCUUUGUUUUUCUGAUUUUAUCGGAAAAAUUGUACAUCUUGAUCGAUAUGUAGCUUGAACAUGACAUGAAUACAUUUCAAACUAUGUGAUGUAUAAGUAUUGUUGAUUAUUUAUGUUGUUAACUUGUUAUCC